GCUUCCCAGGAUAGUUAAUCAACACCAAACACUGGCUCAAGCAGGUGAAUGAUAUGAGCUCUUCCAAUUGCAGUAUUUAUUUGCAAACAGACACAAAACCUUGAUGCAGUCCAGUGUGCUUACAAACUGUGACUAUUUACAGGCAAUUAGCAAGCUAAAAUGACUUCCAAAUAAAAGUGCCAAUUGCUGAAAGCUAUUCUGAAAAGUUUAAUUGAACAAUGUUGGGGAUGAUGUGACUUCUGUAAUAUGAUUUGAUUUCUGUGAAUCAGCCACCACCUGGCUCCUGUGGUUUAAUAACUACAGAUUGAAUGUUAUGGUGUCUGUACCAGCCUAGUUUGCAUUCACUAAGUGUUAAUGAAUAACUUAAUGGAGAACAGGGGAUGUUUGUCAAGGCUGCAAUCAGGCGACACGUCUGCUGUUCCCACAAUACCUCUAAAUGUGCUUAACUUGCAUGGAGUUUCAAGACAUUUGAUUGCAAUAAAAACAACUGUUAUUUACUCUAAACUCAUAUCUGAUACUGUAGUAGUAGAAACCUAACUGAAUUGUGUAAAGUCCAAUACAAUUUGAUGUGUCAAAGUAACUAAUGUUGGAUCUUGGCUAGCAAGAGCUAGCUAGCAAAAGUGCAUUUUAGCACCUUAAUAUUUAGUUCUAUGCAGAGAACACAAAAACGUAAAUGUAGUCUCUAAACAAAUUGAUUUAGUAAGCUGUAUUUUAGAAACAAACUGAGCAAUGAAGUUGAAGUUAAAAUAUUUAAGAAUUUUGUCCCAACUAAUUUUCAGUAAACUGAAAAAGCAUUAAAAUAAAAUAAUAUUAAAGACUAUAUAUUAGACCUUAUACAGUAUGCAUUAUAUUUCCAGUAUUAUAUCUAAUAAUAAAACACAUCUGUAAGAAGCAAUCAUCUUAUAUCAUGCACUGAAAGUUAAAAAUUUAAAGAUAUAGUUCAACACAAAAUUUUGUCAUAAUUGACCCUUCACAAUGACCCUCCUCCUUACUGUUACUAUGUCUUACUACGAAGUGAAAAACUUAUCGCAUAGCAAAUGGCAAUGGACAAUGUGGAGGACAAUGACAAGACAGAGCAUGUUACUUUCGGUAUGAAACAAAGUAUCAGCUUUCAAAUGUUUUCAUUUUUUUAAAAGAAAUUCAAACAAUAAAUCUAUUUUGUGGCUCUUUAAUGUGUCGUGACAGAUGGCGGUGGCGCCUCAGUUCAAGUGGCAUGUGAACUGAUCAUCUCUUCCUCUUUACUAGUUAUAGAAUGAAAUAAGCAUGAAUGAACAUCAGAAGGCAUCUUGUUUCAACCACAGAAAGACGUCAAUGUACACCAUUUUUCAAGUUCAAGUACACUGACGUCAACCUCGUUGAUAAUCUCCGUCUGGUUUCAACAACUGUCUUAUGAUUGGUCAGAUCGCCUGUCAAUCAAAAUCCUUGCAUAGUGUGAAUUGACUUACUUUCAUGACAUUCCAGACCUGUGUGACUACUUUCUCGGUGGAAAACACACACAUACACACACACAAAACAGAUUUUUUUUUGUACAUAUACUUAAAGUCAUUGGCAACCCCAGCAUUCUUUAAAAUAUUUUCUUCUGUGUUCUGCAGGAAAAAAAAAAAGUCAUGCAGAUUUGGACCAACAAGAUAAAUGAUAACAGAUUUUUCAUUUUUGGGUGAACCAUCACUUCAAGUUGACUUCAAGGAGUCUAUAAUAUAACAUUAAAUUAAGGCUUGGCAUAAGGGUUUAUAAUUCCAGUGGAAAUACACCUGACACAACUGAUUUAAUGGAUCAACAAAUAGACAGCAUCUGUGUUAUUAUGCCAACAAAAUGUCGUUACAGCAACUGGUCCCAAAUGUCUCGGUAAAUAGAGAAAAAAAAAUGUUCUGGUUUGUUGAAGGGCGAUCAAAAACACAAACAUGUAACUUCAGCAUCUUUUUGCGUAACCUCUGAACCGGAGUUAUUAUAGAACAGGUGACCUGCGAGUAUAUGGACAGGUGAAUCAGAAAGAUGAGUCACAGACAUAUAUCAUAAUGAUUUCCUGGCACCACAAGCCCUUCUUUCAAAGAGACUGUUUUCAUUGUUCCCAUGACAACUAAAAAAAAAAAAAAAAAAAAGAUGAUGAAAAUUCAUUGGGUUCCUAUUGAGCAUGGCUGUUUCUAUAGCAACAGGAAGAGAGAGACUGGAUGAGUAAGCGGCAGGAGCUAUGAGUGUGUGAGAAUGAACGUGUGUGUAAUAAAGAAUUUAUUGUAUUGAUUUGGAAGGAUAUAUGAUUUCCUUUUGUGACAUCUCAGUAGUACCUACCUGUACUUCCUCUAAAUCCCACUUCUCAUCUUUUCACACAAUUGUGCCCCCCUCCAUUGGGCAUUGAGUGCUCCUUGCCUCCCACCAUUUCUGUCUGUGUGUCUUUGCACCUCCUCCCCCUCCACGGUGGAUUUCCUCUCAGAGAAGGAGCGUGUGGUGUGUAAUCAGAUGACAACGACUGAUAAUCCAGCAAUACACCUACUCUGUCCUGUUCACUUAGAGCGGAGCGAGAGAGCAGGAGUGGAAGAGAGGAAAGAAGUGAAGGAGGCGGGAUCCGUCUGGGCAGAGGGGAAGGAGACGAGAGGAGGAAGUGGGAGUAGUUUAUUCACUAUGGAGGAAGGACAAAGACCUGCAUCUGAGAUCUACCUCCCAAGCAUCAGUCUUGGAUCUGCUGAUGGUGAAACAGUGGAGAACCAUGAGUUGCCAACAAUUUCUUUAACCAAAAGCUCGACAGAAAUGGUCAGUGGACCUCCUCAACGAACAGAGCUGGCAUGGUACCGUCAGAACUUGCGUAAGUGCGUCAGCAGUGCAGAAUGUACUCAAAGGCCUAUCAGUAUGGGUGGACCAUCUUCAGGAGUCCCGGUGAAUAUUUGUGACCAUGAACAGGGGAGCAUGUGCAGUGGCAACAGCACCCAUGAGACUGUAAUCUGGCAUGGAGGAGCAGCAAGAUCCUGGAGUUUCAUGGAGGACUCGCCCAGAAGGUUUCCAACGCACGAUCCUCUCUUGGGGCAAAAUCAGGUCCAUAGUGGUGUGCCACACACACCUUACACAAAUAGAGAUUUAGGGAUGAAGGGUCUGAUGUGCAGGGAGGGAUGUUGUUCAUGUUGUGGACCUGCAGAGAAUCUGAAAGAGUGCAGCUGUUGCAGAGUUCAUUGUAGAAUGAGUUCUUCGGGUCUGAGCAACAACUUCACACCACAGGGAGCGAAUACAGAAGACCAUGCUCAGAGCAACUGUGAAAGUCAUCAUUUCACUGCAUGCCACAGAUCUACCUGUUCUGGUCACAUGCUGAACACUGCCUGUUUAAGAAAUACUUGCAAUGUUGUUCCAUGCUCUGGACAUUUGAUAUCACGGCCACCUUGUGCAGGAAGCCCUUGUGCAGGACAAAGAUCACUGCUGCAUUCAGGCUUGCUCGGUUUCCCACCUCUUGUGUCCUCAGUCAGUGAGACCAGACUUGACAGCCGCAGUACAGGCCAGUGCUGCGGAUCUGAGUUUAGGGGGCAGAACUCUUCUUGCCUUCGACUAGACAGAACAGGCCUGACUGGUUUUAACAGGACAGUCAAAGAUGCCACUACCAUGACAUCUGAUCAUGUGCUCAGAGAUGUUGGUGUGCAAACCGUGUCUGAUUCCCUUGCUUCCCCUCUUUCUCAUGUAUUUCCUGAAAUUAGUUUAAGAGCGGAUCCUAUUUCAGACACACUUUCGGAGCACAUGUGUCAUAAGACCCCAGUGAAGGAGGUGGAAUGGGAUGCUGAGGGUAUGACAUGGGAGGUGUAUGGUGCAGCUGUGGACCCUGAAGAGCUUGGCCUAGCAAUUCAAAGGCAUCUGGAACUUCAGAUCAAAGAGACUGCAGCUGCGGCAGCUGCAGCUGCUCAAACACAAGACUCCACGGACAAUGACAGCAGCCUAGCAUUGCAGCCCAGGCGACGGAAGAAGAGUGAAGGCAUUAUAAGAACACUGCGCAGUUCAGCGUGUUGCUCUAACCCCAGUACUGUGGGAGACUAAGGUGUUCAUCGAAGGGCUGGAUAUUGCCUUUUCAGUUUGUGGAUGCCUAGGUUAGGUAAAGAAACGUUUAGGCUUUUCCUGGAAGUAGGAAAUGGAUAGAGAAUGGCCCUUGGCAUAUAUAUUUAUUUAGCUAAAGAAAAUUGUCCUUAAAUUAAAUCUCUAUAUAUUCCAAAGCUGUGUCUGCUUAGUUGAUGCUAUUAAAGCUCCACUAUUGGUUAGGUAGAGCAGUGAUUUUCAGAGAUAAAUUGCAAGCUAGCAUUGCAUAGAGCUACCAUAUAAAGUUUACACAUAAUGGGGAGUUUCUACCUUACUUCAUACAUGACCUUUUAGAUUCCCCUUUUGGCCCAAAAUACCAAAAUAAAGAUUUUGGUGAGCACUGAGUAUUUUCAUUUAUUAAAAUGCUAUUUAAAGAUUAAAAUGUCUGGUUGUACUUGUUGGAUUUUGUCAAGCAAACAGCAGAUUACUGAACAUUAGCUAUGGGGUAUACAUUAAAAAAAUACACCCUGAAGGGCUCCCUGGAGCAUGAUCUGAGGUGUACUUCUAAUUAUUCUACAUGCUAACCCUCAAAUCAUGAUGGAUUUCGAUUUCUUUGUAUUCUGGUCUCACAGAUUCAUGGUGUUAAACCCUUUGUAGUCAAUGAUAAUCAACCAGUAGUAAAUGGCAGAAUUUUCAGCUUAAAUGGUUUAAAAAAAAAAAGAUUCUUCAUUUUUUUCACAGAUUCUGUGGCUGCAGAAAUAUAAUUUACAAAAACUAUCAAUUUACAACAGUGUAUGUUGUUACUGAAUUCACUGAUCUUGAUGCAAAUGGUGAUUGGUCCAGUGUCGGUUUGCCUGCUGGAUUAGAGUGGGCUCAAGGCCAAAAUCAAUCCACAGAGCUAAAAAUAUGAAUGCUCAUGAGGUUUGUGGGUGUGUAAAGCUAGGUUCUUAUCAAACCUACUGAUGAUUAGCAAAUAUAGACUCAAGGUCAUUGUUCCUGCACUUAUAUACUGUAGUACAUUAGGAGCUAAAACUAAGUCCCAGUCCUGGUUGUAUGCUCAGGGACAAUCUCAGUCAAUUCAAAAAGUAAAACAUGUACAUUUUGAUUUUGUUGCCAAAACUCGACAUUGAUUUUAUUUUUUUAUUUUUAAUCUUUCCACUAUUUUCAUGUCAUGAUUUAGUAAUGAAGAAUAUUUUGUGGUUGCGUUCUAUUUAGAAAAGUGUAAAGACCCAGAAAAGUAUGGCCAUUUUCACAUCAUUUUACAUAUUCAUAAAUAUUUUCUGUUAUAUAAUAUUGUUAAUGUUUAUAGUUUGUUCAUUAUAAUGUUAAAAUAUUAAAGUUAAAAUGGUUCAAAUCACAUUCAGUUUAAUGUAUGUCAUGAUCACGUGCUCUAUCAUUACUAUCUUAUUCAGAAUCAGUCUCAGAUUUUAUGAAAGUUAGGGAUUGUAUUUAGAGUAAUCUCUGUCAAUAAUGUUUAGAUUAUAUUCAUUUAAAUAGCAUGACACCUAUUGUUGGUAAGUAAAUGUGUAUCCAGAAUCUCUGACCAAACCGACAGUAUGUGCUGCACAAACUGCUUUUGUUUUUCUUUGCCAAAGCAAUCUUUUUUUGGACCAGAGCAUUGUGAUUUAACAUAAUAUAGAUAUUACUGGAUCAACACCUUACAGUAUGACGAAAACAAGCUUUAUAUAGGCUUUCUACAGCAAAAACUACACUAACGUGUUUUAAUAUUGAAAUACUGAAUGUCUUGAAAAAUGUACGAGCAACAAUAAAACGUUUGGUAAACAA